UUGUCUCAGCGGAUCAUGAGCUCGCAGUGGCCGCAGAGGGAGAGCCACUCCUCGGCUAGCUGCUGCUCCAGAGAGGGAGCGACCAUGGAGGCAGGAGAACCUUCAAGAACUUUAACUAACAGCGACUAGUGUGUGUUUAACACGAGUGGAGUCGAUCAUGAGUGAGACAUGUGACUAACAACACGCAGACUGCAGGGACAGACGAGUUGGCGUUAGCAUGCGGCUCCACUGACACACCGGCUAGAUGCUAAUCCACCAGCUCUGCGGUCCAUGGGUUUCUCCUCGCGGGGAAGUGAGAUGAUUCAUCGGCUUAUUAAUAGCUCGUGUUGGGGCCCGUGGGAUCUGAUUGGCUGCUGCGGGAGGAGCUCUGCAAUGGGGCCGAAAAAAAGGUCACAGGGAAAUCUGAGGGAGUCUGAAGAUCUGGUGGUUAAACGUGCACGGAUUGAAGGAUCUGCGUGGACUGGGGUGAACGAGCGAACCUUCAUCGCUGUGAAACCCGAUGGCGUGCAGCGGAAGCUGGUCGGCGAAAUCGUGCGGCGCUUCGAGAAGAAAGGGUUCAAGCUGGUGGGCCUCAAGUUGAUGCAGGCGUCUGAGGAGCUCCUCAGGGAACAUUACUCGGAGCUGCGGAGCAAACCCUUCUUCAGAGCACUGAUCGCCUACAUGGGCUCAGGACCAGUUGUUGCAAUGUUGUGGCAGGGUUUGGACGUGGCGAAGACCGCCCGUAAGAUGUUGGGAGAGACCAACCCCGAGGACUCGCUGCCAGGAACCAUCCGAGGAGACUACUGCGUGGAAGUGGGCAGGAACGUGAUCCACGGCAGCGACUCUGUGGAGAGCGCCCAGAGGGAAAUUGCUCUGUGGUUUCGUCAGAACGAGCUUCACUGCUGGGAAGAUAACUGCAACCACUGGAUCUACAGCUGAUCUCUGAAGUCCACUGUAUCUGAACCGUCCUGUUGGUCAACCAGCGGUUUUUUUUUUUUCUUCUUUUUGUUAAGUCUCAGUACAAGAAGGAUCACCUUGUACCUCAGAGGACGAUUUUGGCUUUAGUAGCUCGUAGCUACAGGAGAGAUGCUGCGUCAUCGCUGCCUUUCUGAAUCUCUCACUGUCUUGUCCCCCCCCCCCCAUUCAUUUAAAAAUAGAAUCUAUAUAAAGUGUGUUUGAAAUGAUUCAUCAAAGCAAAAGUGCCCUAAAUGACCAAAAACGUGAUUGUUACAGUUUUCAGUGUAGAUUGUGAUAAGUUGAGGACACUAGCUCAGAAAUGUUUUUAAAGCAAUAAGCUUGGUGCAAUAAAAACUGAUCCCAGAGGUCUCAGGUGAAGUUACAGGAAACAUCAAAUCACAGCUCUGUUGUCACCAGCUCGGUUUGUUUUGAUUCUUUGUAUUAAAAGUGAAAAAUCCGCCGCAUGUAACGAAAAUCCCAAAACGUUGAAGAAAGUAAUAAUAAACGUUACCCGGUACCAUUAUUGCACAUUCACUGUUAACCAGUUUCCUGUAACUUCUAAAUUCAAUUUCUGUAAGAAUGUAAAAACAGUCCGAUCACUCUAAAAGAAACUUGAAUACAGUCGUUGAUAAAGCUUUUAGAAUAUGA